CGCCCAAACAGCCUGCGACAGGCGACUCGGGGAGAUCUUCGUCUGGCUGAGUCUGCCUGCCCUGCCCCUGCACUGCCCGGGCUCGCUCCUGGCUCUCCGCUGAAGCCACGCACGCCCACACGCCACCGGUCGCCGAGCGGUGAACAGAACGGCUAGCGAGCCGGCGAGUUGGCGAGCGAGGCGAUGAGUGAGGCGCGGGUGAGUGAGAUGUCGGAGGCCCUGGACUGCGGCCGCUGCGGCCGCUCGCUGCUGGGGGGCCGCUAUGCGCUGGGCCCGCAGGGCGCACCGCACUGCCUGCCCUGCUACGACUCGCACCUCGCCAGCUCCUGCGAGCGCUGCAGCAAACCCAUCGGCUGCGGCUCCAAGGAGCUGUCGUACCAGGAGCGGCACUGGCACGAGGAGUGCUUCCGCUGUGCGCGCUGCUCCGCGUCGCUGUGCGCGCAGCCGUUCCUGUGCCAGGGCGAGCAGCUGCUGUGCGGGGACUGCUACUGCAGCGAGGUGGCCGAGCGCUGCAGUGGCUGCAGCAAGCCCAUCGCGCCAGGCUCUCGCCGCAUGGAGUACAACGACGCCAGCUGGCACGAGGGCUGCUUCGUGUGCUCGCGCUGCGACAAGCCCAUCGGCUCCGGGAGCUUCGUGCCCAGGGAGGACGGCAACUUCUGCACCGCGUGCUACGAGAGCCACGUGGCCCUCCGCUGCACGCACUGCAACGAGGUGAUGAAGGAGGGGGGGGUGCGCUACGAGGGGCGGCCGUGGCACCGCGAGUGCUUCGUGUGCGGGGCGUGCGGCGCGCAGCUGGCGGGGCAGCGCUUCACGAGCCGCGGGGACGGCGACGGCGCCGAGCCGCUCUGCCUGGACUGCCACGCCGGCCUCUACGCCCACAAGUGCGCCGCCUGCGGCUCGCCCAUCACCGGCGCCGGGGGAGCCAAGUUCAUCUCGUUCGAGGAGCGGCACUGGCACCACGAGUGCUUCGCCUGCAAGGGCUGCAAUGCUUCCCUCGCCGGCAAGGGCUUCAUCGUCCAGGGCGACGACAUCGUGUGUGCCGCCUGUGCCCACGACAGCUAGAGCAGUGCUCACGCACGCACGGUUAAACGCACACACGCUCACACGGGUGUGCGCGCAUACGUGGGAACGCGCACGUGUGCACAUGCACGAACAUGUGCGCGCACACACAAACACGUCAGACAGUUGUAAUUGGACAAUCUUAUUGGACAAUCGAGGUGGGAGAACUUCAUUUUUGUUACAAAAUUUUGGGGAAGUGCCGUUCGCGAGCGCCGACGAAGGCCGGCACGACGUGGCUCGCACCAGGCCCUUUGCCAGACGCUUUACACGCACGCCACAGCAAGUGACUCAUUUAAGGCCAAGUCAACCUAAGGGAGGCCAAUGUCCGGUUCGAAUUCUCACCACCGAUUUUAGCCACUGAGCGGGAAUCGAACUCGGGACACCGAGUUUGUAGCGCAACGCACUAAACCACCGCUCCUCACAACGCACAAGGACACACACGCGCACACGCGCACACGCGCGCACACGCGCACACAUGCACCUACGCACCUGAGGCUGUGUACCCAGGGCUUAGUUUAAGUACAGUAGAACCCCUCGGUAAUUGGUUUCACGAAACCGUUCGUCAAGUGAUUUGGAAAUUUCUGUUAAAGAUUUAAUCGUUCCGAUAGAACCGAAAGUUACAAUUUGUCACCCAAACAACGUACUUCACCAUAUUUAAACAAUGGUUAUGAAUACGAUACUAACAACAAUGUCAACACAUACUUUUAAAAGAAACAUGGUUAAUCGACGCAUUCAUUCAUAUUGACCGUACCUACAACAGCCCGUCGUUAAACAGGGGAAUGGUCGGUAAGCGAACGCAGCGGGCUCAGUGGAGGCCCGGUCGUGAAGCGAUUAGUCACGAACAGGGGGGUGGUCGUGAAGAGGGCUUCUACUGUACAGUUUGUUGUCCAACACGCGGCUCACCACAUCCUCGAUGCUCCUCGCUAUGGGUGCGGCUACUACACGCACUCUCUCGCUUGUACAACAACAGCCGCCAUUCGCCACCAAGCCGUGGUGACGUCGCAACAUAGCUUGUGCCAGGCUAGGUGCACACACACUCACGCUCGCCUUGCCGCUGCUGGAACAGCGUGGGGGACACGUGGUCGAGAGAUUUGACUCUGAGGAUGCAACUUGAGCUGCGUGCACAAGUGAAUGUGCACGCUCACCCACACGCGUGAGUGUACGUGUGAGUGUGCACACGCACGCGUGAGUUUGCGUGUGAGUGAGUGUGCACGCUCACCCACUCUCGUGAGUGUGGGUGAAUGUGCACACUCACCCACUCUCGUGAGUGUACGUGUGAGUGUGCACGCUCACCCACACACGUGAGUGUACGUGUGAGUGAGUGUGCACGUGUGAGUGUGUACGUGUGAGUGAGUGUGCACGCUCACCCACACACGUGAGUGUACGUGUGAGUGUGCACGUGUGAGUGUGUACGUGUGAGUGAGCGUGCACACGUGUGAGUGUGCACGCUCACCCACACGCGUGCGCUCGCCCUCGCGAGUCGCAGCGUCGCCUCCUUCUCCACCGCAGACCGGGCGGGUGGCUCGGUCGCCACUCGGCCAACCACCACGACCACCACCACGACCACCACCACGACCGCCACCACCACGACCGCCACCACGACCACCACCACGACCACCACCACGACCACCACCACCACCACGACCACCACCACGACCACCACCACGACCACCUCCACCACCACGACCACCACCACGACCACCACCACGACCACCACCACGACCACCACCACCACGACCACCACGACCACCACCACCACCACGACCACCACCACCACCACGACCGUACACCGCAGUGAAGUCCCCACGGCAGCGCCGGUACCGGAUCUCGGUAACGAAUCCCCCUCCGCCGCCCGCACACGGACGAUGUCGAUCCCCGGACCGUCCGGUGUUGAACCCCGGAGAGGCUGGCGCCCGCACCCCCCGCCGAGCUCGCGUGCGCGCACCUCCCGCUCUUGCAAAAACUCCGACUGCUGCUACCAUCGUGAUCAUGACAACGAUGAUCUACGUCCAAACAGAACACGCGUCGCUUCAACAGCCGCCCGCAACGCUCGCCCCUCGCUCGCGCGCAGCCUGCUCUCCCCGUGUCAUCACGUGACCUCCCCGUGUCGUCACGUGACCUCCCUGUGAGUCAUCCUCGGUGCACGUGGGGAACCCUGCGAUGCAGCGGCAGCAGCAGCCGCCUCUAGAACACGGACAGAGCAGUCGUGGACGACGACGCGACGAGCGAGCGAGUGAGCAUGCGAGCGACUGUGCGAGCGAGUGAGCGAGCGACUGUGCGAGCGAGUGAGCGAGCGACUGUGCGAGCGAGUGAGCGAGCGACUGUGCGAGCGAGUGAGCGAGCGAGUGAGCAUGCGAGCGACUGUGCGAGCGAGUGAGCGAGCGAGCGAGUGAGCGAGCGUGCGCGCAGUGCGGGCUGCGGCAGCGGACCGCGUGGCGGCGGGGACUCGUGGAGACGGGAGCCGCGCGUUCCUUGGCGAGCGAGCGACGGCCUCGCCGCGAGGUCGCGCGCCCCGCGAAGCGCCGGCGGUUAUUGCUGAUCUCCCCCCACCCGCUCCCCCCCCCCCCCCCAUGCUUUCUCGCGAUAUUUUUGCUGUUGCCAAAGAUGAUUUGUAACCAAAAAUAAAAUCCUCCUGAAUGUUUGACCGCGGUAAGACAGCCGCCGCAGAGCGCGCUUCCUCCCCCUGGCCACGGCUCGUCAGCGGCAGGGUUUUGGCCGAUCGCCAAAACCCUGCCGCUGGCGUGGUGGCAGCGGUGAUGCUUUAAGAGAGAGGGGGGGGGGUCACGCGGCGCGGCCCACGGUGACCCUCGAUCCGGCGUCUCCCGAGCUCACGGCCAUCGUCCACGUCGUCGAUCAGCCAUGGUCCACCCACUGCUGGAUGAGGGCCCCCACCACGACCCUUGCCACGCGUCGCGGUCUUGCGAUGUGGAUGGAACGAUCCGCGCAGCGCUUGCACGGAUGUCGUCGCUCCGUCUUCGAGGUGGACGUGCCUCCCGCACUGCUCUGGCCUCCCGCCCUUGCCCAAGAAGUGCCCCCCCCCCCCCACGGAGUAUUCUUGACGGCCAUCACGCUCUCUCACAAGCGCCCACGCUGCUGGGCGUGGCCCACGGUGGUCACGUGGUACCGGUCGACCCGCCGAGACGGGAGAUCGCGUUGUGGUCGGUUCGUGUCCCGUCGGUCGCUCGUGCCGACUUACCCGGAGCAGCGUCCACCACGGGAGGAAGUCCACCUCGUGUCAUGGGCGCGACCCCACCGUGACCCUCGGUCACCCAUCACUGCUAUCCAGGCUGGAUCCUGGUGAUCCCCCCCCCCCUCCACGUGACCCCAUCACUGCCGGUGCCGAUGACUCCCCCCGCUUGGCUGCUGCGGUGUGACCCCGUUUGUGGUGCCGCUUGUUUGGCUGGGCUCCGGGUGGUGGUGGUGGUGGUGGCGCUCAUUAGCUGCUCGUCAUCUCAUUAACCUGCCAGCUCAUUAACACCCCCGCCCACCCUGCCUCCCCCACCGCCAGGCUGAGGCAUGAGGCUGGUGGUGGGGGGCAGUGGGGGGGGGCUACGUGUGGUGCCUGUGCCGUGUGGUGCCUGUGCCGUGUGGUGCCUGUGCCGUGUGGUGCCUGUGCUGCGUGGUGCGUGCGUGGUGCCUGUGCCGUGUGGUGCCUGUGCCGCGUGGUGCGUGCGUGCGUGCCAAUGCCGGCCGUGACAUUCGGUUGGCGUUCGCCGACAUGCAGAGGACGUUUGGUGAGAUUCGGUGGGAUUUUGGUGAGGGUUUCCGGUAAUAUUUUGGGGGUUGAGAGAUUUGGCGUGCAGUAGGUGAUCGUGGGUGACAUUCUGCGAGAUGCCUCGUCUAUUUGAGAUUUGGUGAAGGUUCAUUGAAAUUCGGUGAGAUUUUUUUUGGUGAGAUUUGGAAUUUGCGACGGGCUAAAUUCGGCGAAGCUCGGCGAGUCCGGUGAGAAUCGGUGACAUUUGGUGAGAUUUGGCAAUCGGCGUGGCUCGGCAAGAGGCUCUCUUGGCCCCGAGUCCUCGGCACGCACGCUCACACGCACGCUCCCACGCACGCAUGCACGCACCGCGGCACUUUCUCAGUUGACUUUUUUAUUAUUUACAUUUUAUUGCCAAAAAAGAUAUAUCUCUCUCUCUCUUGUUGCGUUCAUAAUGUCAAAGCAACGCUGUGUGCGCAUGUGCGUGUGCGCCUAUGGUGACGCACACCGCUUUCUGUGUGCGAACUCUGCUCUUGGACAAUAAAAGUUUUGUUUGCAACUUGA